GCUACAGGAACAUGCACUUCAUCGUUAGGGCAUAUACGGAUGAUGCAUUUCCGGCAGUUUGGAAAGCUCUUCAUCCGAAAAUGACGGAAAAUGUUACCUCGUUGAAGGUGGAAAUGCUUGAAGGAGGAAAAAGUACCUUUGCUGCAGUGAGCGAGUGCAUAACGCUGAUACCAAAACUGCGAUCGUUAUCGUUAGUCAAUUGGAGUGAAACAGAUUACUUCAAAACGGUUCGCCAUUCUUCGGUACAGCAUCUGGACAUUGAUCAACGAAAAGAAUUCGCACUUGAUAUGCCGGAGCUAAAAUCGUUUGUAGGACCACUUGACAUACUUCAGCAAGCGUGCUACAACCCUCAACAGCCGGUGCUCACCAAACUGAAACAUGCCACAAUAACGGAUUACUCCGAAAGCCAGCUAUCCGUAUUCGAUCGAUUGGCGGCCCUAGAAACUCUGCAAAUUAAAACUCAACUCAAUGAAAAUCUCCUCAUUGCAAUUGGUGAUGCGUGUAAGUCGCUCAAGGAGUUGCGCUUCCGUUGGGGCGUGCAUAUUACUGACCGAACCACAUUUCGGCGCCUUUCCAACCUCGUCAAUCUUCGUAUUUUAAAAUUUCGCGAAAUUAGUAAGAAUGAAGAUUUGUCCUUUAACAUCGACUUGUCGAAGUUAACUCGCUUAGAAGUGCUGCAUCUAGGAUUAUAAAUGUUUUGGGAGCCUACGAGCUUAAUUUGGCUUCCUGAAUCGAUCAGAAAUCUGAGCGUUCCUGUUACUGUUGAGACUGAAGGAAACCUUAUACAGAUCAUUGUCGCCUCUUUGACCCAGUUACAGAAGCUUCAUUUGUGGUACCCAGACUAUAACCACACUAGGGUAGCUAAGCGCACGAUUAAGUCACUUCCUCAUCUUAAGCGGCUAGAGGAACUGUCGUUCAUAAAUGCAGAAUUCAAUCAAUCGGACUUCCUUACCAUGGAGGCUCCGAUGCCUCAACUCCGUACUCUUCGGUUCAAAGCAUGUAGCAUGGAACGCCUUCUUGGACUCGAGGAAUUGUUUCCCAAUCUGAAGGAUAUUGAAACUCUCUGUUAGACAGUAGUAAGUAUUUAUGUUGUUAUUAAAUAAGUAAUAGGACGGACAAGCUGAAUGAUUAGUUUUUUUUUAAAUUUUUAAAAGUGAAUACAGUUAGCGACCCAAAAACUGUGUAUAAUUUUCCGUCAAUUCCAUUUCUUAUUUGUAAAGCUAAUCUUUGUUUCAUAAAACGUGAGGACGCAUAGCAAUGGCGCAUGCGAUUCGCAUUUGAUCAUACCAUCGACUUACAUGAUCGAAGAUGAUACAUACACAGUCUUCUAUGCCAUUAUUGUUGAUCAGAGUGCCCCAUUCGCUUACUCGCUCGCAUCAUUUCAGAUGAAUUUCAUCUGUUCGAGAGCAGCGUGAGUGUUAAAUGUUGAAAGCCCAACUCAGCUACGAAUUGGUUCGAGAGAUUGUUUUUACCGCGAGCAGAUUAUCUCAGGGGGUCACGAUGGAACCGGAACGCUCGUGAACACUCUCUUUCUCUCUCUCGACUCUCGACCACCGCGGCAUGCGGUCGCACCGGUCAGUACCGUAUUUAUUUGCUCAUCUUUUCAAAAUGUUGUGUGUUUGUUUCCAUGUGAAAUAAUUGUUUAAUAAAGUGAUGAAGAUUAAGACACAAAAGCUCUACACCUCAGUAGUAAAUCCCGUGAAGAUCGUGAUCUGAUGAGCUCUACUGAUCGCUGGUUGUGAUUCUGUGUUUAUCAACAGCUCGGUUCUGUUCCGAGAGCAGCCACGAUCGCAUCGCAGUUCUUUCGUUACUUUAAUCAUCAGAAUUCAAUGAUUGUGCAAUUGUGUGUUACCGAAUGGCUAUUUGACGUGCAAUAAUGUUUGGUCCAGAGUUUUACUAAAACAGUGCAAUAAUAGUCUCACUGUCGAGCCGAUACGACCACCGUCCGUGUUGUUGUUUGUUGAUGAUUCAUGGUGAUAUUUUUUGCCGCUUUGACAGCUGAAAAUCGUUUCACUCUCUCGCCGAAAGUCGCGUCUCUCGUCUCGCAGUAAAAAUGAAUGAAAUGACGUCGCCAGAAUGGGAAACGAGAGUCGAUUCUCUCCCAGAGGAGAUGCUGUGCAUGAUCUUCAACCAUUUGGAUCUGUGGAGCGUGAAACAAGUAUCCCUUACUUGUCGGAGAUGGCACGAUAUCGUCUUCUUGAGCGGCUAUAUUAAAAGAUUUAAAUUUCAAAUUGAUUUCUCCUGGGCAUCGAACGCAAAAGCAGGCGAAGCGAAACAUCCGGAGUUUUUAGAGGAGCUGAUAGGUGCUGUGAAUCACACUCAACGGAGCUACAGGAACAUGCACUUCAUCGUUAGGGCAUAUACGGAUGAUGCAUUUCCGGCAAUUUGGAAAGCUCUUCAUCCGAAAAUGACGGAAAAUGUUACCUCGUUGAUUGUGGUAAUGGAUAAGGCAGGUAAAAGUACCUUUGCUGCAGUGAGCGAGAGCAUAUCGCUUAUACCAAAACUGCGAUCAUUAUCGUUACACUAUUGUAGUAGAAUAAAUUACUUCACAACGCUUCGCCAUUCUUCGGUACAACAUCUGGAGAUUGAUCAACGGAGAAAAUUCGCAUUUGAUAUGCCGGAGCUAAAAUCGUUUGUAGGACCACUUGACAUACUUCAGCAAGCGUGGAGCAAUCGUCAACAUCGGCUGCUCACCAAACUGAAACAUGUCACAUUAACUUAUGAUUGCGCAAGCAAGCUAUCCGUAUUCGAUCGAUUGGCGGCCCUAGAAACUCUGCAAAUUAAAACUAAUCUCGAUGAAAAACUCAUCAUUGCAAUUGGUGAUGCGUGCACGUCGCUCAAGGAGUUGUGCUUGCAUUGCGGCAUGUGUAUUUCUGAUCCAACCAUAUUUCUACGGCUAUCCAACCUCGUCAAUCUUCGUGUAUUAAAAUUUUCCGAUAUCAUGAAGCGUUCACAUUUGCGCUUUGACAUCGACUUGUCAAAGCUAACCCAACUAGAAGUACUGUGUCUAGGGUCAACUGUAGUUUGGGAGCCUACAAGUUUAAUUUUGCUUCCUGAAUCGAUCAGAAAUCUUAGCAUUCCUGUCACUGUUGAGACUGAAGGAAACCUUAUACAGAUCAUUGUCGCCUCUUUGACCCAGUUACAGAAGCUUCAUUUGUGUUAUUCAGACUAUAUGGACAGAAGGGUAGCUAAGAGCACGAUUAAGUCACUUCCUCAUCUAAAGCGGUUAGAGGAACUAUCGUUCGUAAAUGCAGAAUUUAGUCAAUCGGACUUCCUUAACAUGGAGGCUCCGAUGCCUCAACUCCGUACGCUUCGGUUCAAAUCAUGUAGCAGCAAUCGCCUUCUUGGACUCGAGGAAUUGUUUCCCAAUCUGAAGGAUGUUAAAAGAUGCUGGUAGGUUAUUGUGCUAUUUAAACGUGUAAUAGGACGGAUAAGCUCUAUGUUUAAUUGACUUUUUUAUAAAUUGAAAAUAAAUACGGGUAGCGACCCUAAAACUGUGUUUCCA